AGGCGUGGUGAGGAGCGGAAGUGGGGAGGCGGGGCUAAACCCGGACCAGCAAGCGGAAGAGGCCGGGGUAGCGGAGAGAGGCUCCGAGACCGUUUGGCGGCGGUGAGUCUGGGGCCAGCCCGAGCUGAAAGUCCCAGAUCCGGGGAGACGCCAAAAGAAACGGAGAUACCUGGGGUUCCGGAGCAGUCGCUGCUGAUUGCUGCAGCUGCCUUGCCGCUGCCACCGCGACGCCUCCGCCCUCCCUGCUGAAGACGCGGCCCUGACAGGCCUGUAGGCCUAGGCGCGGCCGGCCGAGCCCGACGUGUUGCCGCCCGUGCAGCUGUGAGUAAUCCGAGCGCCCUCUCCACGGUCGUGUACAGAUUAAAAUGGAGGAAAUUUCGUUGGCUAACCUGGAUACUAACAAGCUAGAGGCCAUCGCUCAGGAGAUAUACGUAGACCUAAUAGAGGAUUCCUGUUUGGGCUUCUGCUUUGAGGUGCACCGGGCAGUCAAGUGUGGCUACUUCUACCUGGAAUUCGCAGAGACUGGUAGCGUGAAGGAUUUUGGCAUUCAGCCAGUGGAAGAUAAAGGAGCGUGUCGCCUUCCGCUUUGCUCCCUUCCUGGAGAAUCUGGGAAUGGGCCUGAUCAGCAGCUGCAACGCUCACCUCCGGAAUUCCAGUAGCUGCAACAUGAGAGUCUGAGGGUGACCAGGACAAUAACAUAGACCAGUCCUGUGGUUUUGAGAAGUUAGGUAGCUAAGUUAAAAAAAAAAAAAAAAAAAAAAAAUCAGACAAAA